AUGGACCUCUUAUUCAAGCUGCCUGCUGAGAUCUCAAACCUUGUGAUCGACCUUCUCGAUCGUGACAGCCUCACUAAUCUACGACUCGUCUGUAAGAAAGCACAACAUAUUACGACGCCCGCAUUCGGUCGCAAAUACUUACACACGCUGCGUGUCAUAUUCGUUUCUAAGUGUCUAAAUGCCUUGGUAGAGAUCUCUGAGACCAAGCUGCUGCGCGAGUAUGUCAAAAGCAUCUUAUGUGCGUCUCACACCCUCCGGGACUGGGUCCAUCUUACGAGGAUACUCAUAGGCUGUGAUCCGGCAUUCAGAGAGAGGAUGAUCGCGGCGCACAAACACUGCGUCAAGAAACACCAACCUUUGAUUGCAUCGGAACAGUACAUUGAAUUGAUUUCACAGGCCUUGGCCAACUUCAGAGACGCUGGAGUGCUGCCGGCCUUGGGAAUAUUCGACAACAAACACAGCAAUGCCAGUGCAGCUCCGAUCUACAAGGGCUGGAGCGGAGAACCCCACUACCGUGAACUCUUUGACACUAGGAACUGGUACAGAGCCAGCGGUGAGGUCCUCAGUGCCGUCAUCAAAGCGGCCAACCUCGGCAAUUAUCCCCUAGAGUCGAUUGUUAUGGACUUGGGUGUAGACAUGACAAUCCCCCUGGGGACGAUGGAUGCAUCANAAAAGGCGAGAAAGAGAGUUGAGCAUAUCCUCGCCAAUAUUCUCUCUGCCGCUAGUCUUUGUGAUUCCAAGCUGAGCUUCCGCUUCGAUAUCGUGUCACUGAACAACGACUGCAUGCUCUCUCGACUCGAUAUCGACUGUCAGAACCGCCGCCUCAGUUUCCAGAGCCUACAGCACUCGGAAGUGACCAACUACGCCUAUUUCAGGGGACUAGCUGAUCUGGGCAAACUAGCGACCACCCUCGGAACCAACACAUCCUGCGAGAUUGAUCUGUCUCGCUGUGAAGCAGACACAUACAUUCUCUCAAAUUUUCUCCAAGCCCACUCUGGAUCACUCAAGCGACUCAGGCUAUCUCGAAUCGUCUUCCGUCAUUCGUGUCUGCAUCAUGAGACUCGUGAAAUCGUGUCUGCAACGGACUUCCUAAAGACCUUGAAGGAUGAUCUCAAGCAUCUGGAUUAUCUCGAGCUUGAACACCUCGAAGGCUCCGAUGCUAGUUGGUCGAUUUUUCCUCUUNUUGCCAUGAACACGAAACUAGUAGGAAGACAGGAUAUUGAGUCAAGGCUGGCUAUGUGGCUGUAG